CGUGUGCUCCGAUAUGGGGAUACCUCGAGGGAUGUUCUUGCUUCUGCUCUUGCAGCUCGUUACAAGAGGAUCAGGCUUAGUUGUUUCCAGCUGUGACGCGUGCCAUGAUGAAGCAACAUGCCAGGAGUCACAGGAAAGAGUCGACUCCUUCAGCAGAUUCUCAUGUGUCUGCAAAGAUGGCUUUGUGGGUGAUGGUGUCGCCUGUUACGAUCCCUAAACCUGCAGCGACGGUUCAUGUUGUAGCCAAGGUUAUCAGUGGGCACCUGACAGUGGCUGUGUGGACUUUGACGAAUGCUCCCUCUCCGACCCACCUUGCACGGCGCCUUGGCUUUGCCAGAACACACCCGGCUCCUUUGAAUGCCUGACACCUGCUUCGCUCUCCAGAUCCGCCAUUUCUUCGCCAUCAGUCCAGUUCCGUUGUGGAGACACGAUGUGCCCAGCAGGCAUGGACUGCGUUGGGAAUAACGGGACCAGCUGUGGCGACCCUUGUGAGAGCUACACCGUCCUGGAUGACGAGUGGCGGUCCACAGAAAAUGGAUAUGAACCAUCUAACCCAAUGUGUGACAAUAGAGUCGAGUUGCGAGGCUGGUAUCGUCUGUUCCUGGGAGGAUACAGUGCACGUAUUCCUGAGGGAUGCGUUGAUAGAUUCAAAUGUGGAACCCAUGGUACCAUGACACUCAAUGAAGCUCAUCCCACACAGUCUGGCGGUAUUGUAACUCGGCCCAUAUGCAUGACUUGGUCUGGUUGCUGCAGUGUCCCCACUUCAAAACGCAUCCAUGUCAAGCUGUGCUCCAGAGCAUCUACCAGCUACUACGUCUACAAACUGGUCAAGCCAUCCGGCUGUUAUUAUGCGUACUGUGCAGGUAAAGAAAUGAGAAAUGACCAACAAGCCUAUCCCAGAAACUACACAAGUCAUGGAAACGACUGGAGCUGCCACUCGUCCAAGAACAACCGCCGCCAUGGAAACGACUGGAGCUCCCACUCGACCAAGAACAACCAUCGCCAUGGAAACGACUGGAGCUCCCACUCGUCCAAGAACAACCGCCGCCAUGGAAACGACUCAACGCCACUCAACAACAACAACACCCCCCUCAACAAACGAGGGCGAGGGUCGGAACCUUCACUCAGGCCAUCUCGCCUUAUUUGUGGCUCGGACAAAAUCCAAGUGGGCGUGGAUUCGGUUGUUAUAACAAGCGCUGGUUAUAACCCACUCGCUGGCAACCUGGCAGUCCACAACUGUUCCUGGGCCAGGGUGCAAGGUGAUGUGGUGUGGUACGAAGCUGACGCUCAGGCGGAUGCCUGUGGAAACACACUGACGACCAACAGCACACAUGCCGUCUACUCCAACAGUUUAUUUCUUUAUCCAACAAGCAGCGCUUCCUUCUCUGUCCCUGCGAGUCUUCCUUUCUCAUGCGUCUAUCCCCUAAACGCAGACAGCAGACUGAACGUGGCCGUCAGACCAGUCCUGGUGACGGAAGGCGGCGUCGUUGGCUCAGGUGCCAAAGCCAGAGCCGCCAUGGUCCUGUUCCGGAACUCCGACUAUACAGAUCCUUAUGCAGCAGGUGCGGUGGUCCUUCCAGUGGGCUCCCCAUUAUAUGUGGGGGUCUCUGUGGACAAGAGAGAUCCCAGCCUGGCACUUGUCCUGGAGGACUGCUUCGCCUCUCACUCAUCAAACCCUGACAAUCCUGAGCGAUACGCCUUCAUCCACAACAAAUGUCCCACUGACCGCCAGCAAGUGUCUGUGGUUGAGAGCGGCUCAUCCCUGUGGGCUCGUUUCUCCGCCCUGUUCUUCCUUCUUCAGGGAGAAUACCGAGAUGUUUACCUCCACUGCAGCCUCAGCCUGUGUGACCGCAGGAGGUACUCUUGCAUUCCGUCCUGCACAAGGCGAGCGCAACGCUCCAUCUCAAAGUCUACUCCAAUCACGCCACUAACCAUUGGACCAAUCACUUGGAAGUAUGGAUCUCACGAAGGCAGUGGUUUUUAA